CGGCGGCGGGGAGGUGGGGCGAGGCGAGGCUUGCUGAGGAGAAGCUGCGGCCGGGGCCGGGCCGGGCCACAAACGGUGCCGGCGGGACCAUGGAGGCGGCGGCUGCUGCUCCGCGUCGCCGGCUGCUUCUGAUCGUGUUGGUGUUGGUGGCCGCGGCAACGCUGCUACCGGGGACGAAGGCAUUACAGUGUUUCUGCCACCUCUGUACAAAAGACAAUUUUACCUGUGAGACGGAUGGCCUCUGUUUUGUCUCGGUCACAGAGACCACAGAUAAAGUUAUACACAACAGUAUGUGUAUAGCUGAAAUUGACCUAAUUCCUCGAGACAGGCCGUUUGUUUGUGCACCAUCUUCAAAAACAGGCGCUGUUACGACAACAUAUUGCUGCAAUCAAGAUCACUGCAAUAAAAUAGAACUCCCCACUACAGGACCUUUUUCAGAAAAGCAGUCUCCCAGCCUUGGUCCUGUGGAGCUGGCAGCUGUCAUUGCUGGUCCAGUCUGCUUCGUCUGCAUUGCACUUAUGCUGAUGGUCUAUAUCUGCCAUAACCGCACAGUCAUUCAUCAUCGCGUGCCAAAUGAAGAGGACCCGUCACUAGACCGCCCUUUCAUCUCAGAGGGCACCACCUUAAAAGAUUUAAUUUAUGAUAUGACAACAUCAGGAUCUGGAUCAGGGUUACCACUGCUUGUUCAGAGAACAAUCGCCAGAACCAUCGUGUUACAAGAAAGCAUCGGCAAAGGUCGGUUUGGAGAAGUUUGGCGAGGAAAGUGGCGGGGAGAAGAAGUUGCUGUGAAGAUAUUCUCUUCUAGGGAAGAACGUUCGUGGUUCCGGGAGGCAGAGAUUUAUCAGACUGUGAUGUUACGCCAUGAAAACAUCCUGGGAUUUAUAGCAGCAGACAACAAAGACAACGGCACGUGGACUCAGCUGUGGCUGGUGUCGGAUUACCAUGAGCACGGCUCCCUUUUUGAUUACUUGAACAGAUACACUGUUACAGUGGAAGGGAUGAUCAAACUGGCUCUGUCCACUGCAAGUGGUCUUGCCCAUCUUCACAUGGAGAUCGUUGGUACCCAAGGAAAGCCAGCUAUUGCUCACAGAGAUUUGAAAUCAAAGAAUAUCUUGGUGAAGAAGAACGGAACUUGUUGUAUUGCAGACUUGGGACUGGCUGUGAGACAUGAUUCUGCCACAGAUACAAUUGAUAUUGCUCCAAACCACAGAGUAGGCACUAAAAGGUACAUGGCCCCUGAAGUUCUAGAUGAUUCCAUAAAUAUGAAACACUUUGAAUCCUUCAAACGUGCGGACAUCUAUGCAAUGGGCUUAGUGUUCUGGGAAAUUGCUCGACGCUGUUCCAUUGGUGGAAUUCAUGAAGACUACCAGCUGCCUUAUUAUGACCUUGUACCUUCUGAUCCAUCAGUUGAAGAAAUGAGAAAAGUAGUUUGUGAACAGAAGUUAAGGCCCAAUAUUCCAAACAGAUGGCAGAGCUGUGAAGCCUUGAGAGUGAUGGCUAAAAUUAUGAGAGAAUGUUGGUAUGCCAAUGGAGCAGCUAGACUGACAGCUUUGCGAAUUAAAAAAACAUUGUCGCAGCUCAGCCAACAGGAAGGCAUCAAAAUGUAACUGCAACUUCAUGGGGACUCUCCUCUCUUCAUAUCUGCUCCUGGGCGUGUUUGGGAGGCCUGUUCUACCUCACUGGGAGAGCGGAGGGCACUGCUUCCUCUUGCUGCAGUGGAAUAUGGUCAAUUGAAAGCUUCCCAGAGUUCCUCUGGGCCCAGAGGCCGCCAUGGGGAUCCUUGCUGUGCACUGCGACGCUUCUUCCCAGGACAGUUACAGGAUGUUGUGUAGUCUACUUUUGUUUUUAAAAGGACUGCUGGCCCCUAGGGAGCUGCUGUGCUGGUGGCCAUCCGUGCAGUGAUGGCGCUGGGGCGUCGAGUUAAAUGAAGCACUUGUGGUUUUCGCUCCUGUUAGUACAUUCUCAGAGGAUUCUGAACCACUAGUUUCCUUGAUCCACUUUGAAUGUACUGUUUUAUAAUUUUUCAGGAUCUGAAACUAACACCUGAAACUCUGUAGUCUAAAAAAGAAACAGCCUCGUGUAGGCAUGAGGGGCACAGUUGAUGCAUUGUGUUUGUGUAGCUCCUGCUCCUCACACUCAGAACACAACAUGCCUUCAGCAUGGGCUGUGUGCACCAGUAAGUGCCACUUCUCCAUCUUUCUGAAUGGAAACGGACAGAACUUCUGCAAAUCUGUGUUAAAUCCUGUAUUGUUUUCAUUCAAAAAAAUUAUUUUUCUGAGUAACCUAAAUCUUUUCUGGGUUUUUUUUUUAAAGUUUUUGUGGUAGAUGUCAUUCGAUAUUUAUGCCUUUCUCCUACCCAAAUGUGCUUGAACCACUGAGGCAAUGCAGUAGCAUUAAGAAGCAGUUAUUGGUCAUGUGGGAACAUCCCCACAUUGAGCUUUGAAGCUUUGCAGCUGAGAUGUGUUUUCUGAGUUUAUUUUAAAAAGCCAAGUGGCACUCCAGACACGCGCAGUGCUUUAUGGAUUUAGUCAUUGUGGCACACAGACUCUUCUGAAAGGGGAGCUCUGUCUGCUGCCUCGUCAAAAGUUGUAUGCUUUUCUGUAAGCCAUUUUUUUUCUUCAUCUAAUCAAAGACUGGUUUUUCUGUUUUGAAAUGAAUUGCAUUUAAAAUUCAAAUGUGGUUAAUGUUAAAUAAUAGGCCUUUUCUAGGAAGGCAGAGAUAGUUCAUUUGAAUAUGCAACAGGUGUACUUGACUUUCACAUGUUAUGUAGCUGUAUUUGUGGAUUCUAUCUUGGGAAGGGUAGAGUUAGUGGAGUUCUGAGGUCACUACACUUUGAAGAAGGCAGCUUUUAAUUCAGUCUUUUUAUCUCAUAUAUAGAUCUUGCAACUGCAUGGUUACAUGGUAGCACUAAAUACAGUGCACACCUGAUACUGGGAGACGUGGCAGCUAGCAGCCCAUUUUGAGUGGAGGCUCCCUUCAUGUUUUCUUGGCCACAUGAAAUGUUCACAGUCAGCCUGUUGGGUCUUUUCAUCAGUGCUGGAGUUAGCUGGUUAAGCCUGGGUUUUAUUUCCAUGCUCUGAGUCUUUGCAGGUCUCAUAUGACUUUCAACGUCCUUUCUAUCACUGUGAUCAUAUUCUGAGAGGAAAGUGUUAUCAUUGCUUGAGGCAAGAUGUUGAGCGUAGUGGUAGCAGUUCCCAGAUAGGAAGGUCAAGAUAACCUCUAGUGUUUAUUCAAGAGAUUGUGACUAUUGAUGCUGAGGCAGCUGCUUUCUGUUUAUGUCUUAUCUCAACCUAGGAUAAAUCUGAAGACUAUUUGGUCUUAAACCAAAGUAACUGUAGGAUGAAUGACAUGUUACAUAGGCAUUAGUGUCAGCUUCGUGCAUUUAAAAACAUCGUGGGGAAAAGUGCUUAGAGUUUAGUAUUUUUGAAUACAAAUUUGAGUUUUUUUCUGUAGUUAUCAUGAUUUCAUCAGUGUGAGUAAGCGUGAGGGUUUGUUGUUAUGGUGUGUGUUACGUCACCUGCUUGAUAAGCUCUAGUGCUGCGGUCAGGUACUUUGGGGCCUUUGUUUUUUGUUCUCUCCAUUUCUAACCCUUUAAGAUCGCUUUAUGGAAAUCCAGGGGACCAAUGCAUUUUAUCACUAAAACUAUUUUUAUAUAAUUUUAAGAACAUACCAAAAGUUGUCUGAGUUGAAGUUGUAAUACAGUUUCUCGCUUUCAUACAAGGAAAUGGGUUUUUCCGAAGAUGCGUUUCAUCACAUCAGAGGCUGAAGAAUCGUUAUGUUGUUCUUGCCUAAGUGGAUAAAAUGUGCUUUUGAUGAAUCAGGGAACUUUUUUAAAGUUGGAAUUUAGUUCUCAAUUGAGUUUACGUGUUUAUAGCUAAUUUUUUGUCGAGGGAUAGUUUGCUAAUCCCAAGUGGCCAAUAUGAAUAUGAAAAUAACUUAAAAGCUGAGAUAGAUCAUGGUUACUGUGGCUAUGACUACAAAUACAUCUGAUUAGAAAAAUAAUUUUAUGUUAUUUUGUAAUAUAGUCUAUUGUUUAUAUCACCUAUCAGAAAUACCCUCCCCUUUCCAAGACGUAGUAUGGCUAAAACCUACUCUGACAAAUGACUCAUCACCUUGUCAGUGCCCUGGCCGAGAGCAUGAGGGAAGUGCGAGUUACUGAGGCGUAGACAGCUUGGGCCCCUUACAUUUCAACUGUGUUUCUCCUGGUCUGCCUUUCUGCUGUCCCUGGCUCAGAGAUUUGUCCCCCACCCCACCUCCAGCUUUUGUACUGAAGAGCUGUUUGAGACCUAAACUGAAGUGGUUGAUGAAGCUCUGUGACACUUUCCCACUUCACGGAGUCAUUGGAUGUCACGAGGAGUGGUCUGCAAACAUGGGGCCGGGGAUGCUCUGCUUUGAUGCUAGCUCUGAGCAGAGAGGAGGGUGACAGCCAGGUGGCAGCAGGAGUUCGCCUCAGAAACAGUGGCCAGCUGUGUUCCUAGUAGAGCGGUGAGGCCGAGGAGCUGAGCCUGUAGCCCACUACUGCAGUAGUGCUCAAGAAGUGCCUUGAGGCCCUAUGUGGUACCAUGGCCAUCAGGAACUCCAGACUUUGGUUUUCAGCACAGGUUAAAGUGAUCAUGUGACUAUUUGCAGUCCAUACAUGUUUGACUCUUUCCCUAUUAUCAGAUAGUAAAACCAAUGACAAAGUACUGAUUAACACGCACACCAAAAUCUGCCCACUAGACAUAGCAGAAGUUUGUGUUUUCGCUCAGUGCACUGAAAGGAUGGUCGCAAAUCAUUUCUUUGUCCCUUUGUCAUGGAGUGUUCUGGCUCCACAUGUGGAGAUCCUAGAUGUUCUGUCGCAGUGCAGAACAUGUCAACGCAUUAAGAGUCUGAAGAAUAGUCUCGGGUGGCAGUGCAGUUCAUGUGUUAGGUUGACGUUUCUGUGGGCUCUCUCUAGGAAAGCAGAGGGCUGUCAGUACGCUGUUUUCAAUCCUGUUAUGCACUCUUACAAACAUUUUUAAAAUAUGGUCAGUAACAUUCAACCUCUUUAUUAAAACUUAAAGCGAAUUUGCUUUUCGUUUUCUAUGAGAUUUUGAGUUGAGUAUCAUGAACUGUGUUUUGAUAAUCCCUUUUUCACAUUGUGCCAAUGGAAUGGAGUAGUUGAUAUUUCUUUGUAUGUCAAGGAGAUGCUUCAAAAUGUCAUUUGCUUUAAACUUAAAUUACCUCUCAAGAGACCAAGGUACAUUUACCUCAUUGUGUAUAUAAUGUUUUAGUAUUUGUCGCAUCCUCCGGGUCUGCAGUUUAUUUCUGUAAAGUGUGAGUGUUAUGUUGCUAAGUUCUCAGAUGGUACUGUAUUGUUUCUACUUGUACCCCAAAUAACAUCAUCUAUACUGUCGUCUGUAUUUUAUUGUAUUUGUGCAAAAUCUUUUGACUCUGUUGGUGUGAUCUCUGCCCUUUCAGAUAUGUACAGAUGUCCAUAGAAAUAUUCAUUUCAGUUGAAUGAUUUUGGAAGCCUGUGAAGAAGAGAGAAAAACACAACUGCGUUUCUCCCAUAAGUUUUUAAAAUUGUACAUGGUAUGUGUAGUAAUAUUCCAGAAGAACUGUAAAUAGAAGCUAGGAGUUACGUCCUAACACUACAGUAGAAAACAGAAGCAAUGCAAAUAAACUACUUUUUCCCACCA